UAUAUCCAUAAAUAUCAGUGCAACAAAACAAGUUUGGAAAAUCGUUUUAACAAGUUUGUGUUGGUUGUUGUAACACGUAUCUAGGUCUGUAUGCCAAGACGACACGGAAGAAUGUUUCUUCGGGGGAAGCCUGGUCUCUUUAUUCUGGCUGCAGUUGUAGGUAUUGGAAUAUUUCUGGCAUACUACACACUUGGUGGAUCAACCACGAAAUCAUCAAAGUAUAAUAUGUACAGAAAUAUGCAGCGUGCAGGCAAGUUGCCAAGUUACCAAAUCCCAAAGAGCAACAAGGGUUUUAGUGACACGGUUUUCAAGAAAAACAUUCAAUUGAAUCAGCUGCCCAAGCCAAUCCAGCCACCAGCAGAUUGGAGUGUUCGCCGCAAUUUUGGUGGAAUGAAAAAUAACGAGCAGGAGAAGGUUCAAAGCAACGACCUAUAUAAGACUCAAACCGACAGGCAUGAUGAGGAUGAAGAAUCCAACUUCCAGGACACGGACAACAAACACGCUGCCCCAAGACCCAACAUCUAUACAGAUCUGGAUGAAAACUUCCUGCCACUGUUCAGAAAAAUGAAGCGAUUGGUGCAUCUCGAUCUCAAAGGUGCUUCUCCAAAGAUGAGUUACCUGGAGAAGGUUUUGCCCCUGAUGGCAAAGCUUGGCGCCACGGGACUCCUAAUAGAGUACGAAGAUAUGUUUCCUUACACUGACGAAUUGAGCAUGCUGGCUGCUGAAAACGCCUAUUCUCAGAAAGACAUUGUACGUCUGCUUGAGGUGUGUAGAAACAACAAAUUGGAUGUCAUUCCUCUCGUGCAGACAUUUGGUCAUAUGGAAUUUGUUCUGAAGCAUCCCGAGUAUAAGCAUCUGCGAGAGCAGGAGAAGAUGCCACAAGUGAUAACACCCUUGAAACCCGAGUCUUACACUCUGAUUAGUAAGAUGGUCGGACAGAUGUUGGCAGCACACCCAGAUGCAGAGUACCUGCACAUUGGCUCCGAUGAGGUUUAUGGUCUUGGGAAAGGUCUAACGCAUGAGCUCAUCAUCAAAGGAAAGAAACCAGAAGAGAUCUUUUUGGAGCAUGUGGCCAAGGUUGCAAAUUUGGUGAGGUCAGUACGAAACUCCGUCCAUCCGAUUAUAUGGGAUGAUGAAAUACGAGAUGUUCAUGAAGAUGUGAUUGAGAAAUCUGGACUGAACAAACUGGUUGAACCAAUGGUGUGGAAUUACAUCCCAGACCCAAGAGACAGACUUCCUGAAGAUAUCUGGGUCAAGUACGGUAAGCUCUUCCCAGGCAUCUGGGCAGCGUCGUCAUUCAAGGGUGCAACAGGAAGUGCCCAGUUUUACACCAAUGUGUCUCACCACCUGCAUAAUCACCUCAGCUGGGUGGAUAUCAUCAAGAAAUUGAAGGAUGAAAUGCCCAUACAAAAGUUCCAGGGAGUGGCUUUGACGGGAUGGCAGAGGUAUGAUCACUUUGCCACCCUGUGUGAGCUUCUACCGGAGGCCCUGCCUUCACUUGCUGUCUGUCUAGAGACCCUCUGGAAUGGAGGAUUCAACGAAGCAGUCCACCGGUCGGCCAGCAAGCUUCUCAACUGCACAAGUUUGAUAGAACUAGAGAUGCCGCAAGUGGACAAGGACAACAAAGUACAAGUCAGCCAAGAUUGCUCCUUCCCUGGCCGAGAUUUCUACUACAGCACCCAGCAGCUGUGGGGAAUGUUGCAUCAAUACAGAAUGGACACAGGACUUCAGUCUAUGAUCCAGGGUUGGCUGACGGAUUACCACGUGAAGCACCGGUUCGGAAGUCCGUGGCACCUGAAAAACCUCGUUGACAAGCUUGGUGAUAUAAUGUCAAAUCUUGACAGCCUGAUCAGUCCUGUAUCCCAAACUCUAAACGCAGUGUACGACAAUUACACUGUCACCGAAUGGAUUGAGGUUAACCUGAAGCAGCGAAUCAAUCGGUUGAAAGAAAAGUCUCUGAAAGCAAAGCUUCUGCUGGAGAAGACAACAUGGCCAAAGCGACCACUGCAUGAUGUGAUCCCAGCAGGUAGUGUUCUUGGUGGUCAAUCCAAUUCUGGAAGUCAGAUGGGCAGAGUUGGUCAAGGUCCUCAGAUGGGCAGAGUUGAUCAGGGUUCACAGAUGGGCAGACUUGGUCAAGGUCCUCAGAUGGGCAGAGUUGGUCAAGGUCCUCAGAUGGGCAGAGUUGAUCAGGGUUCUCAGAUGGGCAGACUUGGUCAAGGUCCUCAGAUGGGCAGAGUUGGUCAAGGUCCUCAGAUGGGCAGAGCUGGUCAAGGUCCUCAGAUGGGCAGAGUUGAUCAGGGUUCUCAGAUGGGCAGAGCUGGUCAAGGUCCUCAGAUGGGCAGAGUUGGUCAAGGUCCUCAGAUAGGCAGAGUUGAUCAGGGUUCUCAGAUGGGCAGAGCUGGUCUGGUUCCUCCAUUUAAUGUUCAGAAACUGCACGAUUCUUUCGGGAAACAAGACAUGGCCACUUUGAAUAGAAAACUACCAGAAUUUGAGAAUCGAGGUCAGUUGCAGGCUGGUUUGGACAGACUCCCUGGAGUUGGUAAUCUAGGAAGGAAACUACCUGUAGGUGAUAGCCAAGCAAAACUUCUUUAUGCUGAAAGGAAAUUUGGUCCAAAUGGUAACCCAGGACAAUUUCAAGGUGCUAAAGGUAGAUUUGUAAUGGGUGAUAAAGAUGGAAAUGGAAAAUACCCAGCUGCUGGAUUAAAAGAUGUAGGAAACUCUUUAGAAGGUCGUAAACAAAUACCUCUCGGUGAAAAUGCAAAAUAUCCACCUGUUGGUAAACAAGGAUUGCAAGAGGGUGCAGGAGGGCGUCUGGAAGUGAAUGGUCAAAAAGGGUUUGAGAAUGGCCCUAGAAAAAUGGACGGAAUAAGAAAUUGGGAUGGAUUAAAAGCUGCUGGAAGGAAUGAUGGCCCAAUGCGAGGAGAUAACAUGGCAGCAGGAUAGGGGCCAAAGUCAAAGGAUGACUGAAAAAUUCCAUAAUGGCAAGAAAAGGGACACUAAAUUUGGUGGCAUUGUUCAAUUGAAGGGGUAAUAUUUCAUAAUUCUUAAAUGUUUAUUCUUAAAGCAGAACUUGUUUGAAAGUCAAGUAAACAUUCUCUUUUUCCAUCAGGAGAUGAACUACAGUUCUCUUUCAAACUGAUAGAGCUUAAAUAAUGUUAGUAUAGGGGGGUGGGAUGGGGAAGGUAGUGGACUCAAGUUUGCAUCUGGUUCUGUCUAUAUGUGAAGAUUCGUAUUUUGAAAACUCACAGCUGGUAAUCAUGAUGGUGAAGCAAAUUGAAUUAUACUCUACAAUAAAAAAAACCCCACACAAUAAAUUGCAGAAAUCAUGAAAAUAACACCUUUCACAGGCUGUAAUAAUAUGAACCAGUGACAUUUACGUGUACGUAAGAACCCAGUAUGGUAAUCGAAUAAAUACAUUCACCAAAUUCAACUCUAAUGCAUGUUUGACAAACAGCAGUUUGCAAGUUUAAAAAAAAAAAAAAAAAAAAGAAGCCUGUUAAUGAUUAAAUAGCCCUUUUUGUCAGAUGUCAUGCUGCACAACCUUCGGACUGUUGGAUAAUUGUAUAUAAAAAAUGUCUUACGGACAUUUGAAAGAGAGUACAUGAAAAUGUAUGUGUUUACAUACAUGUGUCCAUUAAAUCACAUUCCCUAUUCUGUGUUAACUACAGAAUGUAUGCUCUAUUGUGCAUUCCAGCAAUAUUACUUUUCCAUCUGUAAGUAUAUAGCAGAUGAAUGCAAAGUGAAUUAAUUUUCAGUGGGACAUAUAUGUUAAUAUCUUAGUUUUUGUGGGGAACAGUGUCAAACGGUAUUUAUUUAUAAUGCACAUUAAACAUUAUGAACAUUUCCCCAUAUAAUGUGGGUUCAGAGAUUUACGGUUUUAAUACACAUUAAUAAAUACAUGUCAGUAAAACAAUACAUUAUGUCGUCAUGUUGGGAUUGUUUUAAUUAGUCGUGUGUAUGCCUGUAUAGUAAUUAUCUUUAACCUGGGUUAAAUCUGUGUUACGUGAUGCCACUGAAUUUUAAAACUGCUCCAUGACACAUUAGCGAGUAUAUUAUUUUUGAAGUAGAAGAAAACUCUGUUUAAAUUUUUGUUUUACAUUCGUAUAUGGUCCAUUUGAUUUACUUACUUUAUUGUCACCAUUUUUCCUAAAGUUUAUCGUUUUAGUUUUUACAUAGAGAAUGCUACCUGUAUAUAACGGAGUCAAGACGCUACAUUUUAACCCAGGUUGUCUGUCUAUACGGGAACAUAGUGGAGAUAAAGGUAACCCGGGUAAAAGUGAAGUCUGACCCUGGUACGAUUGCAAAGUUAAAAUAACCCGGGUGGAAAUGUAGCUCUGCAAUUUAACUCCACAUGUUUUCACUGUGUAUUAUACUUUGCAAAUGGUUAACCCAGGUUAAAAAACGCCAUGUUAACAGGUCUAUAUUGUGUUAACCAGGAUAUUAAUUUUAUUCAGAGAAUUUGUAUUUUAAUGAAACCUUGCAUUACUGUGUACUUAAGAAGUGGCAGAUUUGGAUUGUGAAUGGGGGGAGAGGGGGAGGGGGGUCGUGACCUGUCCUUCCUCCACCCCAUAUUUGUGGUGAAAUACGCCCACCAACAUUGUGUUGUGUUAUAUUUAAUGGAAAUAUUCCCAUGAGCUCAUUCUCGAACACCCCUUUGUAAGAAAUCCUGCUUUGGUUCCCAACAUGUACAUGAACAGUUCAUGUAUGUGUAGAAAUGUGGAUAAUUCAAUUUUAAUACAUGAUGGAGUAGUGAGUGCCACGCAAAUUUAAAAGUUGGAUGGGAGAUUGAUUUAGCAUUGCCAGAAUUGGCAACAUUUUUGUUUUUGGUGUGUAUGGUGGGGGGGGGGGGGGGGGGUAUGAGAAAAGAGUAGGAGGCAGUGGUUUUUGUAUUACCACCCAUGUAAUUAAAUUUUAUUGAAACUAUGUACAUGUAUACAUGAAGAAAACAUCACAGCAGACCCUCCAGGCAUAAGAUAUUAAUAACAGUGGCCCCUCCCUGCUCCCCCCACACUCGCACACAAAAGCAGGAUGUAGCCCAAUGGUAAAGAGCUCACCUGAUACGUGAUCGGUUUUAGGAUCAAUCCUAUUUCUCCUUCCAGCCAGUGUUUAACAACUUGGGUAUCAAAUGUCAUGGUAUGUACAUGUACUAUCCUGUCUGUGGGAUGGUACAUAAAUAUUAAGAAAAUCCAUUCCGGCGAAUUGAAAAAAAAGAGUAGCUCAUUAUCUCAUUAUCAGUGUGGUCGUUAACCAUGUGUGAUAAGCUGUAAUUGUGAGGCACACAAAUGUUUUCCGUCCAUCAUUUCAUGUAAUUGUACUGUGUAAUGUCUACUUUGGUGUACAACAAAUUCAGUGUAUGUGUACCGGUAUGUCUGUUACUAUGUUAUAGUCUAAAGGUUGUGAAGUGGAAUUUAAUUCUUUACAUUUUUUUUUUUAUUAAACUGUUUAUUAUAAUUAUCAAUUAUCUCGUCAGAAUCUUUCCAGGCGAGUUUGGAGGGGAGUCUCCUAGUGACGACUGGUGUCUGUCUCUGAUUAAGGUCGAUGACAAUCACUUUUAGGACCCUUGUUUUGGCUUUGUAUACCAAAAAAAAAAAGCAUAUCCAAUAGUAAUUUUUUAAUAUCAUAUAUUGGACAAAAGGUACUUUUUAUUUCUUUCAUCUUUUAAAACUUAAACUUAAUAUUUUGUCCAGAAUUAUGAAAAAUACUGACCUGUAAACAGCGUUGUCUGCAGAUUGUUAUAGAAUUUUGACAGGGGACAUAGUUAGUAGACCCUUUUUUAGUUUAAUGUGGUGAAGUAUUGUAAUAAUAUAGCUAAUUUUGAAUUUGAAUGAUGUCAGUAUUCCAAUGAUGUCACUUUGCAUCUCCUUACAAUAACCAUAAACCAAGUACAUGAUGUUUUUAUGUUUUCAGAAUG